AAAUAAUGUAAUAAAAAUGGAAAAUCAAGUAGGAAGAAAAUGGAAGUAGAUAUUGUCACUAAUUAGAAACUUAACAUAAUCUUGCUACGUAUUAGAUUCUCUUUUAAUAUACGGAACAGAAUCGAGAGAAAGAGAGAGUAGGGGCCCUUACUUGCAAUAUCUUUGCUAGAGUGUUUACUAAAGAUGUGGAGUUGUGGAGUUUGGUUAAAUGCAAUUACCGGCACAUCCUAAACUGGGAAACUGGACCAUGGAGGAAGCUCCGAGUCGCGGUGGUGAAAGACCGAGGCGCCACGUGGAUGGAGGAGUAGAAGGACCAGCUCUUUUACUGUAACUACCCACCAAGAAACUUCGCCUAAGCGUUUUCUCGGGUUGGCGAUCUAUUUCCCCACCGGAACUAUGGUGUCGCACUAUUUCUCCAUCAAACUAUUGCCUCGUUUCAUUUCCCCACCAAACGAAAGUUAAAUAUCUAUAUACCCACCAUAUCAAAGUUAAAUAUCUCUUUCCCCACCCGACCAAUUUCGAUGGUUAAAUGUCGAAACCCCAGUACCAAACCAUCAAACCUCCGUUAGUAAACCGAAGGAAAACCCAAAUAUUGGUAAACCGGACCUAUAUCUGGGUGAUAACCCGAGACAACGGUCAAAAAUUCCAAAUCUAAAAAAUCCCAAAUUGAUAAGAACCCUAGAAAAAACUGUAGAAUGUGAAUCUCAGAGUUCUUCUUCUUCUUUUCUUAUUGUCGAGUGCUUUUUGCUUUUUGUUCUUAAUCUCUUCUCACUUUGUGUUAAUUUUCUGAUCUAAAGCCAUGAGUAACGUGUCUGGAGCUUCUAGUGGUUCGUCAAGUGGACAUUCUGGAGGCAGAGUGUUUGGUGUGCCGAGAAUUUGUCAUUGUGGGGUUCAAAUAAUGGAAUUGGUUUCUAAAUCCAGCAACAAUCCGUACCGGCGUUACUAUCGUUGCGGAUAUGCUGUAUCUAAGAAGCUCUCAAAUGACAACCACACUUUCAAGUGGGUCGAUGAGGCUUAUUUAGAUGAGAUAGAGGCAUUAAAAAUGAAAAAUGCUUCACUUGCGGCAAAACUGGAGACAGUUACAAUGGAGAGGAAUGAGUUUGAGAGAAUAGUGUUUGAGAAUGUGCAAAUGAAGCUUGAGAAGGAUAUUUUCGAGAGAGUUGAAGAGGCUUUGGUUGAAUCAUCUUCUACGAUGAAGAAAAUGAUGGUUGUUGUAGUUGUUUUGUGUAUGGUCAUGGUUGGGUUUAGUAAGCUCUUUGGUUGAAAAGGUUUAUAUAGGAAUGACCUUUGUUUUAGUAAUCUUAUGUUUUGUGUGUUUGAUCAUUGUGGUUUGUGUACUUUGACAUGGUUUCAAUUUUAUUAAUGCAAUGACUUUGUCUAUUUUAAGAUGGUUGUUAAGCCUA